AUGCUGUUCUACCGCACGGCGCCGGAAGAUCUUCUGCGCCUUCUCGAGCAGCAUGGAAGGGACGUGUUGGCCGUGCAGCGCGUGCUCGCCGAGCUCCACCGGUGCAUUCGCGACGACGCGACCAGCCGCGAGCGCAUGGCGCAGUGCCAUGUCGUGCGUCGCCUCGCCGCGCACGUCGAGCCCCAUGCGACACAGCCCGGGUUUCUCGUGCAGCUGAGUAUCUUGCUCAACGCACUCGUGAUAUACGACGAGCACUCGACCGCCGAGCUGCAGUCGGCCAUCGUGCGCCAUGGCUUGUGGCGCCUCGUGCUCCGUGGCAUGCAAGCCGCCGCCGUCGACGACGAGCUUCAAGUCCACGGCUGUGCGCUCACGUCGACGCUUUGCUACGACUACCCGCGGGCCCCCCACGAGGAAAACCAAGGGGAAAUGGUGCAAAGUGGCGCUCUGGAUGCCAUUCGAACGCUGCUUCUCGCGGAACGUACGCCGAGUGCGACGUACACGCGUGCGAUCAAAGCCAUUGGAGAUCUCUGCUACAAGAAUGUUGGCAACGCGGAGAUUGUGCUCAAGAUGAACCUCUUCCCGCUGCUAGCGCACGGCCUUGACGAACAUGCCAAGAACGCGGACGUGCUGAACGCAAUCGCUGCCGUCUUUUUUGUGGUUCUGGUCGCCCACCCUCAUGGAGCCAAGUGCGGGAUACUGCAGUGCGGCGUCCUCGAGCGCGCGUUGCACUGCAUGCAAAGCUGUGACCUGCUCGUCUCGACAGCGUACCAUAUCCUGCGCCUUCUCGAAGCCACCUUGCGCGAAGACGAAGCGGCCAAAGAUCUGCUCAUGCGUCAUGAUGGUGCCAAUGUCAUCGUUACCGCGGUCGAGCAGCUCCGCGAGAAGCACAAAGACGGCAUCGGCCAUCUCGUGUUCCUAUCUGCCGUCAUCUUCUCGAGCCUGUCGCUGCACGUGCCAGCAACUGGCGGCGGCCGGCCAGCGCCCCAAGCGACGCGCAUCCAAGGCCUCAUGCAGCACGGCGUUCACACGUUUGCGGUCUCGUCGCUCUCGAGCUUUUCCAAAGAAACCUUUGUCUUGGAGCAGUGUCUGUGCCUCAUCGAGCGGCUCGUGAUCACCAAUCACUAUCGGCUCAUGCUAGUGCGGGCGGGCGCGGCGCGUAACGUGCGCUACAUCUACAACACCAAGCAACAACAGCAGCACGAAGGAGUGCUCGAACUCUGCGAGCGCGUCAUGAUCUGGUGGGAGACCAAGGAAGAUAGCUUGUGGCUGGUCUACUACGUGGUCUUCAUCGCGCCGCUCCAUGCGUUCCUCAUCGGCUACCUCGAGCGCCAAGGGAAGCAGGUCACGCCGUCCAAGGCCAUCAUCUGGAUCGCGUCGCUCGCGCUCAUGUCGACCUUCCUGCCGCUGCUCGUGCGCAAGAAGCUGUCCGAGUCCAGCCCGUACCGCAUUCUCAGCGUCACCCGGUACGGCCCCAAGUACGCCUGGGCGCAGCAGUACAGCCACUUGAAGCAGUACUUUACGAGCGGCCAAAUGAGCCCCGACGUUUGGGCUGUCUUUGAAGGCGCCUACGACAAACUCUAUGACGAUGGCACGCGCCGGGCGUUUGAGGUGUGGGGGCCCAACUUUGAGACACUCCUGAGUGCUCACAUGCCGUACAACCUCGCGCUCUACUACGUCCUCUGGCUCGUUGGAAUCUAUGCGACGACGGUCGGCCGCAAGUACGCGCCAGCGCGGGACCUCGCGAUCGCCGGUCUCUUGGUGGUCCUCGUGUUUGAGAUGAGCAUUCGCUUCAUGGGCUACAACCCGCUGUUUAUGUUCCUUCCGCAGACGACACCGAACGAGAUGAUUUUGCUCGUUCACGCGCUCUUUCCUGCAUGGGUGCUUGGCUACGCGUCCUUCAAGCGCAUCUUUUUUGUCGAUAUGCUCCAACACAAAAACGGUUGCCUCCAGUAUGCACUCGCCAACAACCAAAAGACCAAGAAGGCGCUUGACAGCAUGCGCGAUGAGAUCCGCAAGAUGAAGGAGGCGAAGGAGGCGACGACGACGUUGCAGGCGUAA